AGGUUGUGCUGGGCUCUGCCUGGUUUCGGUGGCCCGGGGCAGCCUUCUCUUCCCCGUGUGGUCAUGGAAAAAUCAAAAGUAAUUCUGGAAACAGGUCUCCUGGCAUGUGUUAAAUGAGAAGGAAGCGGUCUGAAGCAGGCUAGCGCAUCGGAAAGAAGAAAACUCAUCCUGGGCUGGGGAAGCAAGGCUUUGGGUAGCAGUAAGGAGUGUGGAGCAGGUGAAGAAGCAGCUCAGCGCGGUGGUUUUGCUUUGGGCUUAGGAAAGUGCAUCUGUCUAUGUGUGCCCACUCUUCCUUGGGAGAUGUCCAAUGUUUCCAAUUAUGCCCUUCGAAUGGCCCGGCUGAGUGCUCAGAUAUUUGGAGAAGUUGUCAGGCCAACUGACUCAAAAUCUAUGAAAGUAGUGAAGUUAUUCAGUGAGCAGCCUUUGGCCAAGCAGAAGGAGGUCUACAGCUGGUAUCCUCCUCACAACACCUACUAUGCUCUCAUGAAGAAACUCCGUUACUUUGGUCUCUACAGGGAUGAGCAUCAGGACUUUAAGGAAGAGAUGAGGCGAUUGAAAAAGCUCCGUGGGAAGGAAAAACCAAAGAAGGGGGAAGGAAAGAGAGCUCUCAAGAAGAAAUAGUGCUGCUUGGACAAUAUAACGAGCUACUCCAGAAAUGCUGGUGAACAGCUGUAACCCAGAAUUUCUGUUCCCGGCUGGAGAGGGCUUGGUGUGUGAGCUGCGUGUGGGGCACAAGAAACACACUGUGAAAUACUGGAGUCCACCUUGGGAGUGCACUUGGGUCUCUGUGGUUUUAUUGUUUUUUAAUUCCUAUGUAUUGUUUGUUGUACCACAUUAGUUUCAGAGCCCUCUCUUACCCAAGGAGUAAAAACAAUAGUAAAAAAAUAAGUGCUCAGUGUUUUUUCUUGCAAACACCUGUAGUUGUUUCAGUUCUUCUGGACCUGGAAAAUUGUUUGGUUUUCAUUGUCUGUUCUACUUUCUUAGAUUAAGAUCACCCCUGUUCUGCAUGUGGCCACAAAAAAAUUAGGUUUCCUGCUUCUACUGCUGCUUGUCAUCUUGCCUAUUAUAAUGAGUUUCACUUCAGGUACCCUUAGUGGUAAAGUUUAGGGUUUCUUAAGGUGCUGUUAAGAUCUAUUGUUCUGCAUUUUGCACUGGACAAUAUUUCAUGGUCCGUUGCCUGGCCACAGCACCGUUAUUGUACCUGGAAUAUUUAGAUACUGCAACAGAAGAGGCU